GCAACGUUCAAGUCGGAACAGACAGCGGCGUGUGGGAAUAAAAAGUUUGAAACAACUCAUGACGUUUCUAGACCUUAAAAUACUACUCAAUAAAGGCCGACCUUGCACUCGAUUGAACUCUUUCGUCUGUUUCGCUGCGAGAACAUUAUUUGGAACGCAUAUGGAGUGUGCUGUCUGACCCUAGCGGAAGAAUCUCCUUUGAAACGCACUGCGCAGCCAAUCUGCGCAAGUGGUGAGUUGUUAUUAGCGCGCCUCGACAGACGCAGUCAGUUGGCCAGAGACUCGCGACCGUGACGGAUCUUUCGAAUGUUUAUUUCGAUUAUGUUUAACACACGUGACAUGAAGCACGAAAACCAACCGUUUUAAGUUCGGUCCACGUGUUCUCUACGCUCGUGUGCAAAUCAUUCCAGUUGUCAUCAUGGGAAUAAAAAGCUUAAGGGACGUCCGCAGCUUUUUGUUGCUGUUGGCUGCAGUAACGAGCACGAGUGCAACAAAAUGUAGCAGACUCAUAGACGGCACAACGAUGCCUCGUUCCAGCGCGGAAGAAAAAUACCACCUAUUUAUCACCUUGUUCAACCGAUCGGACAUGAUCUUCUCCUAUAUGCCAAAUACCAAAUACACUGUGACAUUGCAAGCAGACAGUACGGAUAUCAUGCCAAGAAAAUUCACUAGGUUUUUGAUAUCCGCCGAGCCGGAGAACGAAGAUGACACGGCAGAGAGUGGCAUCUUCGAUUUGCAAGACGAGUUGUUGACAACAUACUCGGAAAGUUGUCCGAACGCCGUAGUGGAGACCACGAAGAUGUCCAAAGAAGAGAUUUCUGUGGCCUGGACCAGCCCUUCCGAAGGUAGCGGUUGCAUAUUUAUCAGGGCAACGAUAUUGGAGACGCCAGAUACAUGGUACAUGGAUGAUCAGAACUUAGUGCUAAAGAUAUGUCAAGACUCGAGAGCCGAGGCGGACGACCAGGGGCAGGUUCUGAAAAAGUGCUGCGCCUGCGACGAGGCGAAGUACGAAGUUACUUUCGAGGGACUUUGGUCUAGAAAUACUCAUCCUAAGGACUUUCCUAGUAAAGGAUGGCUCAUUCGAUUUUCAGACGUGAUUGGAGCAUCGCAUACGGUUGAUUAUAGAUUUUGGAAAUACGAUGGUCUAGCCAGUCCUGGGUUGCAACAACUGGCUGAACUUGGAUCGACCAGGAAAUUAGAAUCCGAAUUAAAGAGUCAAAGUAAAAAGAUCAGAACUAUAAUUAAAGCCAGAGGAAUAAGUUAUCCCAAUGUGACUGGGAAAACUUUUGCGGUAUUCCGUGUUGAUCGGGAACAUCACCUGAUGUCUUUGGUGUCGAUGAUCGAUCCUUCGCCGGACUGGAUCGUCGGAGUUUCAGGUUUGGAAUUGUGCUUGGAUAGUUGCACUUGGAUCGAACACAAAGAACUGAAUUUGUACCCUUAUGAUGCGGGCACUGAUAAUGGAAUCACCUAUUUGUCACCGGAUUCGCCAACUGAGCCUCAAGAACCCAUCCGUAGGAUAACUUCGAGCUACCCAAACGACUCCAAGUCUCCGUUUUACGAUCCUUCCGGUUUAGAUAUGAAACCGCUUGCCAGGCUUUACUUGAACCGACAGAGGCUUUACGAGAAAGCCUGCAAGAAUGCGUCAGAGGAUGCGCCAUCGUCCACGGAUACGGGAGCCUGCAAAGUGACAGCAUGGCGCAACUGGACUGCAUGUUCGACAGCGUGCGGUCGUGGCACUCAACUCAGACAAAGAUAUUACGAGAACGAAGCUGCAGCGGUCGCCAACAAGUGCAACGUCUCGCUAAGUGACAGGCGUCAGUGUCUUGGACACGAUUGCAAUGGAGAGCGAAGAUCGGUGAAAGGAUGCAGCGAGUCCGAAGUACUACACGAAUGGAGCGACUGGAGUGAAUGCUCGACGACCUGCGGCCGCGGAAUCAGGACCAGAACAAGAGCUUUCAAGAACAAGAAAUAUAAACAGUGCAAAGCCUUCUAUAGCGACCAACAACUUCAACAGACCGACCAUUGCACGAAUUCUGAGUGCGAUGAAAAGAACGGAGAGGAGGUAAGCGAGAUGUCUAUCCAAAAGGAGGAGAAUGAUAACAAUGAGGACAAUGAUAACAAAGAAGAUUACGAGGAAGACGAAGCAACGUUGGAUGGAAUCGAGGAAUGGUCGCAAAAAUGCAUCGAAGAGCGUUACAUGCAAUGGUCCCUGUGGUCACCCUGCAGUUCUAGCUGCGGUAGCGGUACCCAAACGAGAUUUAGAAUGACCCAUGAGAAUUGGAAACGCCAUGAUGACGUGGAUCCUACAGAAUGCAGACACGAAGCGGUUCCCUGUCAAGCUAAGAUCGCAUCGUGUAAUUUUACGAAAGAAGAAGCAGAAGAAUUUUGCAAGAAACCGAAGGAAGAAGGACGAUGCAACGGUAACAUCAUUCGUUGGUAUUUCGACAAAGAGAAGGGAUGUAAAUCGUUCAAAUAUUCCGGCUGUGAUGGAAAUGAAAAUAAUUUUCCAACUGAACAGGAUUGCAAAAAAGUUUGCGAUAGCUAUCAGAAAGAUUUAAGGACUAACUUGUCAACUAUGGCGAAAAGCUAUAAGGUAUCCCUCAGCAGCGUUCUCAGCUAUCACAUACCUGCACAGGGGCAACGCAGUACGAAGACAAAGCGAGCACACCAUGAGAAAUUAAAAUUCAGAGGUAUAGAAGCAGACAGUCAAAUGAAAUCGUCUUAUAAUGCGGAAGACGUCGACUGUCAGGUAUCCGAAUGGAGUAGUUGGUCUAAGUGUGCAGGUUGUCGUGGAUAUAAAAAUAGUACAAGAGAAAUUAAGGUACCACAUAGGGGUAAAGGUAAACGAUGUCCAACAAAAUUACAUCGUAAAAGAAAAUGUCGUAAAGAUCCAUUGUGUUCCUUGCAAGCUGAUGUUCCAAGGCGACGUAUAUACCGUGACCAAAGUUUGAAGGUAGAAGAAAAUCAAAUUUCAGUUGACUGUAAAAUGACACAAUGGUCUAGAUGGUCACGUUGUACAGCCACUUGUGGAGAAGCAGCACAACACAGGACAAGAAUAGUCAAAGUUCAACCUUUUGGUCCAAAAGGCAAACUUUGCCCUUCUCUGGUAGAGUACAGAAAAUGUUAUACAGGGAGAUGUCCAUAAUAAUGUUCAUCUAUACUUUUUACAUAUCCAUUUUUUAUUUUAUUUCUUUGUCUUUAAAUGCAUUUGAAUCUGAAAUUUUAUUUAUGUAUCAUUAAAUCAAGCAUGAUUUGACAUGAAAUAGAGUUUUUGCAAUUAUAAUACAUAAUAAAAGCUGUUAUAAAAUAUUACAAUCUCUUGACGUAAUAUAUUUUCCAAAAAUUUAUGGUACUAUAAAUAAGAAUUGACAAUCAAUACCUAUUAGAUAUCACCUAAUUAUACUAUAUGUUACAAUAUUAGUUUUGAGGAUGCUUGAUGCAUUGAUACAUAAUAUUUUAAAAUCGAAUUUGUUUAAUUUUUUAUCGCUUUUAUUGCAAGAUUUAAAAUAAAGAAGUGUUCAAAACCGAAAUUAUAUUCUGAUAAACAUGUUGGAAGGUAUAUAUGAAUUAGCAGCAAAACAAAUAUGCAUUGAAAAAAUUCUUUUGUUUAUAGAUAAAUAGAAAAUAUUUAUGAUAAAUUUUAAAAUCAAAUUAGUGUAAUACAACGCACAAACUAUCGUGCUACAAUUCUUGUCUACCUUUUUUUUUCAUUCUUUUCAGUUAUUCAAUAUUGAAAAAUAAUAACGAAUCGUUAUGAACUACAUGUAUGGAAUACUUCAUAUAUAUAUAUAUGCAUAUGUGAUAUGAGUAACUGUAAUAUAUAAUUACACAUAUAUUGCAUAUGAGUUUACAUAUAAUGUAAGUAAUUCUUUCAGUCAAAAAAUACCGCAUUCCAAUUAUUCAUAAAAAAUAUGUUCAAAAAAAAAAACAAAUACAAAAAGAAAAAUACAAUUUAUGCGAAAAAGUAUGUAGUAAAUCGAUAUUUAAAUUAUUAUUAAAAAAUGUACUGUUUUUCAAAUAUUUUAAAAGCCAAUCUAUGUAUAGUAGCAAUAAAUAUGUUUAUCUGUACAAGUAUUAUUAUAAAAUAUAUAUUUGUUGCAUUUAUUAUAUAAGAUUUAAAAAAAUAUAGAUCUCAGUUUAAGAUCGAAUAUUUCAAUUAGUGUUUAUUAAAAUUAUAUGUUUAAGAUGUAAGUAAAAUUAAUUGGGUAAAAACUAUCAACAUGGAGAAAAUAUUUAUAAAUGAAGAGUGUAAUAAUAGUUUUUACAUAUAUGCUAUUAUUCAAAAGCUUAAUCCAAUAUUAUUUCCAAGUAAAGUAAAUGUAAUACACAAUAUUUAUAUUUCAAAUAACCGUAAUAGUUAGUCAGUUUUUAUUGAUUUUACACUAUUUGUUAAUCGUAAUCUUUCCUUUCUUUCUCAUCUUAGCAUACUGUAAUUAAUCUUAAGGAUAAGAGUAUAUAUGUCACAUAUCGCUAGAUAGUAAUAAGUCAUUAUUAAACAAGACAGUCAAGUUACUAUAUUCACUUACAUAUGUAUAUCUGACAAUAAUGAUACUAAUCAUACUAUACAUAUAUAAUAUAGUAUUAAAUGAAAUUCAAAACUCUGUUCUCUCCUAUAUAAUAUGAAUAUAGUUGGAAAAUAUAUUAAUAACAUUGUUCAACACUGAAUUAUGAUCUGCCAUAUCCAUUAGAUGAUUAAACUAUUCUAUUUUAAAACGAAUUCGGAAGUAGAACUGCUACAUCGCCCUCAAUUUUUUAAAAAGUGCAAGUUCUUGUAGCGGUGAAACACACGAUUUUCCACCCCAUGGCGCCAUUGCUCAUUUGCUUGCACUGAUCCGAUGAAUUCACUUUUUAUACGCAAAAUGUUCGAUUUUUUUCAUAUAUGUAUGUAUUCUUAGACACUAUAUAAUAGCAAAAUUAUAAAGAACUUCUCAGACAAUACUAUGUACCGAUACGAUUACAUGUAGCCGUUUGGCAGCAAAAUACCGUGUAUAUCUUUCUAAAGUUCAAUGAUAAUACCUAAUCGUUUAAAAUUACAAAAUUUAAUGACUUUUAUAUCAAUAUGAUAUUAAUAUAAGUGAGAUAAGAUAUCGAUAUAGUUUUCAUCAUUCUUAAUCAAAUUCUUGCAAAAA